UUUUCCAGCAUGGCACCCAAAGGCAAGAAUCGAAAACUGAAAACGGUUAAAUUUGUAGAAGAUGAAGACAAAGGUGAAGAUGACAACAGUGAAGUUGAGGAAGAUGUCAACAAGGCUGAAGGAAAGGAUGACGACGAGCUCGACAUUGACGAGGUUUUACGCUUGGGAGGCACCAAAGCGGACUUUAUCAUGCUUAGUGGCAUUGAUGACUCUAAAGAGUUAGUCAACGGUGGCAAGCAAAAUGCUAUUGAUGACUUGGAAGAAGGAGAACUGCAACAAUUCAUCACCAAGCUUGGUCUCCACAAAUUCGCAGACCUGCAAACCAUUCCAGACGAAGCUGCGCCAAACGAGGAAGACCCGUCCACAGCCAAUGACAAAAAGAAAGGCAAGGGGGUUGAGGUGGUCAAGCCAACAGUUGCCAAUGGUACAGGUCCAGAACCUAAGACGGGCAAAGAGGAGAAGAAACAAACAAACAAGUUCAAGGACGGCCCCAGCACCAGUGGGCCUGGCAAGAAGGCUAAACAAAACAUAAAUGUGUUUGAGUUUCAUCCCAGGACUGUGUUACUCGUCAAGCCGGGAGGCAAAUGGUAUGACCAGGAAUACACGGCCGAGGCUGAGUCUGCUCCACAAGAGAGCUCUCUGGUCGCCCAGUACAAAGCUCUGGCAGAGAGGCUGUACGAGGCUGAGGUGGGGAUCUACAAGACCAAGAAGAGCAUGCAGAAGGGAGCCAACUCGGCCUGGAUGAAGGCGGUGGUCUCCACCGGAACGCUGGCCGACAGGAUGGCGGCCAUGACGGUCCUGAUCCAGGACACGCCCCUGCACAGCCUGGAGCACAUCGAGACACUGGUGUCCUUCGUGAAGAAGAAGGGCAGCCGGCGACAGGGCCUAAUGGCCCUGGACUCGCUCCGCGAGCUCCUCAUCUCCGACCUGCUCCCCGAGAGCCGCAAGCUGCGGUCCUUCUCCCAGCGGCCCUUCGACCAGCUGGAGGAGCGGGCCAGCGGCAACAAGGACGUGCGCGACCGCCGCCUGGUCCUCUGGCUCUUCGAGCACCAGCUGAAGAACGUGGUGGCUGAGUUUGUGAUCGCGCUGGACGGCGUGGCCCACGACACGGUGCAGGCCACCAAGACCCGCGCCCUCACCACGGCCCACGAGCUGCUCUGCAACCGGCCGGAGCAGGAGCGCGCCCUGCUCGUCCAGGUGGUCAACAAGCUGGGGGACCCCGAGUUCAAGGUGGCCUCCAAGGCCUCUCACCUGCUGGAGACGCUGCUCCACAAACACCCCAACAUGAAGGGCGUGGUGUGCCUGGAGGUGGAGCGGCUGAUGUUCCGGCCCAACAUCAGCGGCAAGGCCCAAUACUACAGCGCCUGCUUCCUCAACCAGGUCAUCCUCAGCCACGACGAGAGCGAGCUGGCCAGCAAGCUCAUCGCGAUCUACUUCUCCUUCUUCCGGGCGUGCGUGAAGAAAAAGGAGGUAGAGUCCAAGAUGCUGAGCGCCCUGCUGACGGGGGUGAACCGGGCCUACCCUUACGCCAAGGCCGGCGACGAGAAGAUCAAGGAGCAAAUGGACACACUCUUCAAGGUGGUGCACCUGGUGAAGUUCAACACAGCCGUGCAGGCCCUCAUGCUGCUCUUCCAGGUCAUGGACUCCCAGCAGACCAUCUCGGACCGCUACUACGUGGCGCUCUACAGGAAGCUGCUGGACCCAGGGCUGUCCAAGAGCUCCAGGCAGAGCAUGUUCCUCAACUUGCUCUACAAGUCGCUGAAGGCGGACAUCGUGCUGCGGCGCGUCAAGGCCUUUGUCAAGCGGCUGCUGCAGGUCAGCUGCGAGCAGAACCCCACCUUCGCCUGUGGCGCCCUCUACCUGCUGUCCGAGAUCAUGAAGGCCAAGCCCGGCCUCCAGCUGCUGCUUCAGGAAGGGGAUGAUGACGAGGAGAAGUUUCAGGACCUAGUGGGAGAUGAUGAGGAUGAUGAUGAAGAGGAGCGGUUUGUUGACGCUGAUAAGUUGGAAGCGGCUAAUGUGGCGGGUGAGAAGGUGGAUGGUGUCCAGCAGCCGGAGGAGGAGGUGAAGGAGGAGAAGGUGGAGGUCGCGGUGCCACACAAACCAACUGCAUCGUGGGUACACCACAAGAAUCUGGAAGGUGGAAAGAGUAAAGAAGCAUAUGACCCAGUCCAUAGAAACCCACUCUAUUGCGGCGCUGACCGAACAACAUUAUGGGAACUACAAAAGCUUUCCACACACUACCACCCCUCUGUGGCUCUGUUUGCCAAGACAGUCCUGCAGGGCCAGUACAUCCAGUACACCGGUGACCCACUACAGGACUUCACCCUCAUGCGCUUCCUGGAUCGCUUUGUGUUCCGGAAUCCUAAGCAGCAGAAGGGCAAGAAGAACUCUGAUGCCUCUGUGAUGCAGCCGAAGCAGAGGCAGACUAUGAACAGUGUCCGCUCCCUUCCAGUCAACUGCGAAGCGUUCCUGUCCAAAGAGGAGAAUCAGAUCCCUGUAGAUGAGAUCUUCUUUCAUCGGUUCUUCAAGAAGCGAGAGCAGGUGAAGCGCGAAAAGAGACCAAAGGGUAACGAAGACAACGAGAGCGUGGAGGACGUGGAUGAUGACGAGUUUGAGAGGGUGCUUGAUUCAUACGAAGGAGACGACUUCUUCACCGACUUCAAGGACGAUGAUCUCGACUUUGCUGGAAAUGUGAAGAAAAAGUCCAAGAAGAAGAAGAAGGGUGAAGAGGAAUCCGAUGAUGAUGAUGAUGAUCUGGACUCGGAUGAUGUGGAUGACCUGGAUGAUGAAGAGGUGUCCCUGGGCAGCAUGGAUGAGGAGGACUUUGGAGACGAACUGGAGGAGGACGGAGGAGCAUUCAUGGGUGUCGGAGGAGAUGAUGACGAUGAUGAAGAAGUGCCAGAACUGGAGGAAGGUGACUCUGAUGAACUAGAGGGAAUGGAUGAUGGCGAUUUCGACGAUGACAUGGAUGAGCCUCUAGAGGUCACUAAACCCAAGAAAAAGGGCAAGAGGAAAGCCACAGAGGACCUGGACUUCUCUGAAACCAUGGGUUCCCAACCAGGCAAAAAGAAGAAGGGCAAAAAGGACCGUGCUGUUUUUGCAAACGCAGAAGAGUUUGGGGAUUUGCUGGAUGAAAAUGCUGACUCUGGGUUUGAUACCACGAGCAUGAAUGCUAUGGCCAACAAGGACAAAGCAAAUGUCAAGCAGAUCAAGUGGGAGGCCAAACGAGAUGACUGGAUGCACGACCGCGAUGUUAAGACUAUUCGCAAGAAGAAGGCCAUGUUCAAAAAGAGGACGGCCUUUGGCAAACCCUGGACGGGCAAGAAAAUGAUGGGUGGGAAAAAGGCUGGUGGAAAAAAGUAACUUGAUCCACAAGUCGCCAUGCCCAUGUGUUGUUGUUGUUGAACCAUCUGAUGGUCCCAGAGGUGUUUUUUGAUUGUUCUUCAACCAGCCGUGUUGUUGUUGUGGUGGUUAUUCCGUCUUGGCAGACCAGGCUGCUUGGUCCGUUUCCCGAAUGCCGUGAAUUCCGGCCCACUCGUUGGACUUGUAAUAUACUGUAAUGAAGAUGGAAAACACAAGUCAUUUUCACACCGCAUCAUGUUGAAUAUUAUACACCCUUUACCUUAACAGGUUCAUAUGUCUGCACUGUCCUCUUUUACAGGACAAUUGAGCGUUUGCUGUUUCUAUUAAUAAUGUAAAAUAAACUUUUAAUAUUUCUUGUUA